UAUAAAUAAAAGAUGAAGAUUUCAUACACCUCAAACUCAUUUCUCUUAUUCAUCAUCUUCACUGCACUCCUAUGCAUAUACUUUGCCAUUCAAAAAAACAAUACAUCAUCAUUCUUAAGUAUAUCUUCAACCGUGGAGAACACAACCAAUAAAUACUCUUUCAUAUUGGGUCCUAAAUUUGAUAAGCUUCCUAAUCAAGAUGAUGCUAUACAAUUAUUUCAACUAUGGAAGAAAGACCAUGGACGAGUCUACAGUGACCUAGAAGAGAUGGCAAAGAAAUUUGACAUUUUUAUUACAAAUUUGAAGUAUAUUGUAGAGACUAAUGCAAAGAGAGAGUCACCCCAUAGCGCUGUUCUUGGUCUGACCAACUUUGCUGAUUGGAGCUUCAAGGAGUUCAAUGAAACAUACUUGAACAUGGACAAUGAUGACACCAUGGAUAUUGUGAAUAACGGUGAUAUUGUUGAUGAAUUAACAUGUAGUAAUCCACCUUCAUCCUUGGAUUGGAGGUCAAAAGGAGUUGUCUCUUCUAUUAAGGAUCAAGGCGCUUGUGGUAGCUGUUGGGCAUUCUCAGUAGCAGCCGCCAUUGAAGGAAUAGUUGCAAUAGUGACAGGGAAGCUUAUCGACCUUUCACCACAAGAGCUUGUUGAUUGUGACAUGGGAAGUAGUGGUUGCAGUGGGGGAGUUAGGUCCAGCGCGUUGCGUUGGGUUAUAGAAAACAAUGGGCUUGCAACAUAUAGUAAUUAUCCUUAUACAGCCGUGAAGGGUGCUUGUCGAGCCUCAAAGAUUCCAAACAGUGCAAGCAGUAGCAGUAAUGCAUACCUUCAAUUAGAGAAAACAGAAAGGGGACUAUUGUGUGGUGUUGCCAAACAGCCAAUUACUAUUGGUAUUUAUGCCACACAAGACUUUCAACAUUACACCCAUGAAAUAUAUGAAGGACCCAAUUGCCCGGUUGAUUCUACACAAACAACUCACGCCAUGUUAAUAGUGGGCUAUGAUUCGGUAGGAGGUCAAGAUUAUUGGAUCGUGAAGAACACUUGGGGCACGAAAUGGGGAUUGGCGGGUUAUGUGUAUAUCAAAAGGAACACUGGUAAAAAAUAUGGAGUGUGUGCAAUCAAUGCAUUGGCUUUGAACCCAGUCAAAAAUAAGUAGUAUAUAGCAUAUAGAGGACGAAUAAGUUAAAGCAACACUUGCAAUUUAUUUAAGAAUUUGUUCUAUGGUUAUUCUAGAUGUUGUCAUGAGC